AUGGCGCCUCUCACGGGAGACCAGAUCGCGGUCCUCAACAUCAUCCUGCAGGUGGGCUCUGCGCUGUCCAUCGCGGGCUGCAUCUUCAUCAUCGGGACGUUUUGCUUCUGCGAUGCGUUCCACAGGCCCAUCAACCGGCUGGUCUUUUACGCCUCAUUUGGCAACCUCAUGGCCAGCGUGGGCUUCAUGAUGGCGGGCUCGUACCUCGACCAGCCUCUGAGCGCGGGGUGUCAGACCCAAGCCUUCCUCUUGGGCGUCUUUGUGUCGGCUGAUGCGUACUGGACGCUCGCCAUGGCCGUCAACGUAUACCUCACGUUCUACUUUCGGUUCGAUGCUCAUCGUCUCCGGAGAAAUGAGAUCCUCUAUCUAGUUCUCUGCUACGGCGUGCCAUUCAUGCCCGCAUUCAUCUGCCUGUUUGUCCGGGGCUCGGCGGGCCAGCACGUGUACGGCGCGGCCGGUAUGUGGUGCUGGUUUUCACCGCGGUGGGAGGUAUUGCGCAUCGCCACAUUCUACGGACCAGUCUGGGCCUCGAUAUUGGUCACGCUGGGCAUCUAUCUCCGAUCCGGGACCACCAUCUACAGGAAGCACCGGCAGCUGCGCAAGUUCCAGGGCUCAACCACGGGCGGCGGCACGGCCUCGGCCACGGGCGGCGGCGGCGGCAACACCGUCCCGAACACCAAGACCACCGAGGUCGUCGUGACGUCCGAGGUGGUGACAAAGUCGGAGACCCUCGAGAUGCAGGCCUUUGGCGGCCAAGCCACCGCCCACGCGUCGAGCGUGACGCCAUCAUACGGAAAAGGAGAGGUCGCAUCGCAGACGCAGACACCAUGCUCACAAGCCGGUAUCCAUUCCACUUCAGUGACAGUCGGCGCUGCUACCCGCUCCUCGCCGCGGCGCGCUCACCAAGAAAUCAACAACGCGGCCUGGCAGUACACAAAGUGCGCCCUGCUCUUCUUCGCCGUCAUCCUCGUCACCUGGCUGCCGUCGAGCGCGAACCGCGUGUAUACGCAGAUCCACCACACCGACUCCAGCGUCACGCUGCAGUACCUGAGCGCGAUAGUUCUUCCCCUGCAAGGGUUCUGGAACGCCGUCAUCUACGCAGUCACCUCCUGGACGGCGUGCAAACAGUUGAUAGACAGGGGCAGAGACGCGGUUCUCGGCAAAGUAACCGGCACACGGGGUGGCAGCAGCAGUACGGGUAGCCAGCAGCAGGCAGGGGGGCCAGGAAAGCAUUCUUGGUCAUGCAGAGAGGAGCCCCGUUCUUCACGGCGAUGGAGUGGGCGGAUGGGGACGGUGCGUAACGCGAGCCGGGAGGAGGACUCGGAGAGCAUGACGGAGCUGGCCAAGACUGCACCCGGGUCCGAUGAUGGACGGAGCGGGAGUUUAGCGCCUUCUCGCAGCGAGGCAUAG